AGGCUGGGUCGUUGCUGUCGGGAGCGCCUGCCCUGUCAUGGAGGAGCUGCGUUGGGAACGGGGCGCGGCGGCGGUGGCGGAGGCUUCGGUGUAAAGAAGCGGCGCGGAGGCUGCUUCGGGGAGCCGAGUCGACGCCGAUCCUUCAACACGCCUCGGGAAGGCUGCAAAAUAUAGCGCUUGCUUUGGAAGUCCCAUGUUGAAAGUUGAUGUAGUAUACAACGGUAACACAUCUGCCAAGGAUAAUUCACAGAAUAAUAUCCAAAUUUGUGGUCCCAGUGCACAGGCAUCUUGCAUUCAUCUUGCUUCUGAAGAGGACAAGACUAAAUGGAUCUUAAGACAGCCGUAUUCAAUGCUGCUCGUGAUGGCAAGUUGCGACUCCUCACCAAGUUACUGGCAAAUAAAACUAAAGACGAGAUGGCUUUGCUGAUGUCAGAAAAAACAAAUGGUGCCACCCCCCUCCUAAUGGCAGCCCGAUAUGGGCAUCUUGACAUGGUGGAACACCUACUGGAACACUGCAGUGCUUCUAUAGAAAUUGGUGGUUCUGUGAACUUUGAUGGUGAGACUAUUGAAGGGGCACCACCGCUAUGGGCGGCAUCAGCAGCUGGUCAUUUGAAAGUGGUUCAGUCUUUAUUAAAUCAUGGAGCAUCUGUCAACAAUACCACUUUGACAAACUCAACACCUCUCAGAGCUGCCUGCUUUGAUGGUCACCUAGAAAUUGUAAAGUACCUUGUGGAACACAAAGCAGACUUGGAAGUGUCUAACCGUCACGGACAUACAUGUCUUAUGAUAUCUUGCUACAAAGGACACAAAGAAAUUGCUCAGUAUUUACUUGAGAAAGGGGCAGAUGUAAAUAGAAAAAGUGUCAAAGGAAAUACAGCAUUGCAUGACUGUGCAGAAUCCGGUAGCCUGGAAAUCAUGAAGAUGCUUCUGAAGUAUUGUGCGAAGAUGGAAAAAGAUGGUUAUGGAAUGACUCCCCUUCUCUCUGCAAGUGUUACAGGCCACACAAACAUAGUUGACUUUUUGACUCAGCAUGUUGAGACAAGCAAAACAGAAUGCAUCAAUGCCCUGGAACUCUUAGGAGCCACAUUUGUGGACAAAAAGAGAGACUUGCUUGGUGCUUUGAAGUACUGGAAAAGAGCUAUGGAUAUGAGGUACAGCGAUAGGACUAAUGUUCUCAACAAACCUAUACCUCAGACAUUAAUUAUGGCCUAUGAUUAUGCCAAGGAAGUGAACAAUGCUGAAGAGUUAGAGAACCUAAUUGCAGACCCUGAUGAGAUGAGAAUGCAGGCAUUGCUAAUUAGAGAACGUAUUCUUGGCCCUUCUCACCCAGAUACAUCCUACUAUAUUCGGUACAGGGGUGCUGUCUAUGCAGAUUCUGGAAACUUCAAACGAUGUAUCAAUCUCUGGAAAUAUGCUUUGGACAUGCAGCAGAGUAAUUUGGACCCUCUGAGCCCUAUGACUGCCAGCAGUCUUUUAUCAUUUGCUGAACUCUUUUCAUUCAUGUUACAGGACAGGGCAAAAGGUCUACUGGGCACAACAGUUACCUUUGAUGAUCUUAUGGGCAUACUGUGCAAAAGUGUCCUUGAAAUAGAACGUGCUAUCAAACAGACUCAGUGUCCACCUGACCAAAUACAGCUCAACAAAGCUCUUUCCAUCAUUUUGCAUUUAAUUUGCUUAUUGGAAAAAGUUCCUUGUAGUACUGAACAAGAUCAUUUUAAGAAACAGACUAUAUAUCAAUUUCUUAAGUUGCAUCCUAGGGGAAAAAAUAACUUUAGCCCACUCCACUUGGCUGUUGAUAAGAACACAACUUGUGUGGGGCGCUACCCAGUUUGUAAAUUUCCUUCUUUGCAAGUCACAGCUAUAUUAGUGGAAUGUGGUGCUGAUGUAAAUGCUAGAGACUCUGAUGACAACAGCCCUUUGCACAUAUCUGCACUGAACAACCAUCCUGACAUUAUGAAUCUUCUUAUCAAGUCAGGUGCACAUUUUGAUGCAACAAACUUACACAAACAGACUGCUAUUGACUUGCUGGAUGAAAAAGAGAUGGCAAAGAACUUGAUCCAGCCAAUCAACCAUACUACAUUGCAGUGUCUUGCUGCCCGUGUCAUUGUGAAUCAUUGCAUAAAUUACCAAGGGCACAUCCCGGAAAAACUUGAGAAAUUUGUUUUGCUACAUAGAUGAUAGCCUCACAAUAGACUUUUGGAGCUGGGAGCAUGAGUUAGUAACAUAGUUAUGAUAUGCCAGCGACACAUCAUUGUUCAUUCAGCUUGGUCUAUCUUGAUAAUUGACUAAAUCAUUAGAAAUGGAUCUGCCGAAUUGGUUACCCAGUAUUUAAAAGAAACAUAUCAUAUAAUAUAUUUUGUGGAUUAUUUAGAAAUGUAACACUAUAUUUGGACUCACUAAAAUUGCCAGCCAAAGGCUUGUCUAUUCUGGUUUAGUUUGCCUGUUGGUUGUUUAGGACUGAAUUGAAUAAUUUUGUGAUGUUGUCUUAUUCUUACUAGUGUGUGAAUCUUCUAUAGUUGGGAAAUCAUUUUUUUCGUUCCUGCUUGAGCAUUUCUACUUUUUUCUAAUGAGUUCAUUGCUGAACUGUACAAGUUGUAAAGACUUGUUGACAUUUGCAAUUACCAUAAGUGCUUUUAUCCUCUCUAUGCACUGGCUUCAAUAUGACUGUUUUUGUGUUGGCAUAUUUCUAUGCACCACUUGGCUAGUUCCAGCUCUGAUACUGUGUUCUUGCAGUUGGUUAGAACUUUCUUGGGAACAUGCCGUUUACAGCCUGACAGUUUUUGAAAACGUCGUCAGCUGUAUAAACUUUAAUUUGACUUUUUGCCCCUAGCUGUUUCUGCAGUUGCUUUCUAUAGAUUUUUUACAGAGUUUUGUGCUGAAUUUGGAGUAAAAUGUGCUCAUGUUGGCAAACCCACAUUAAAUUAAGAGUAAAAGUUAUUUAAUAAGUCUUGUUGCAAGCAGAGAGAAGUAAUGUAUUGCUAUCUUCUCCUCUGCCCAUUUUUUUUUUUUUGCUGGGGCUGACUAUGCGACUAGGCAUAGAAAUUUUUAUUUUGAAUUUAAUCUGAUUUUUUUUUUAUAAAUUUGGCAAGAAUAACUAGAUCAGACAGUCUGAGAUUACUAUUUAAAACACGUAACCACAAAAGAAACUAAAGCAUGUUGGCAUGAUGCUUGUCAGAUCUAGCCUUCAGUUAGUACAAUUAAUAAUACGGUUGUAAACAGAAGAAUCUGUAGAAUCUCCCUUCUUCAUUUUAAAAUAACUCCUAUGGAUAAUGUGCAUGCAUUUUAUUCUAUAAUACCUUAGCCAUAUUUAUGGAAACAUCAGAGGUCCUACAUAGCCUCCACUGAAAGCUGUCUAUUUUUUUAACACUUGCACAACAGCUUAGCUAUUACAGCAGUAAGGGCUUUUUAGACUUGAUAAGGAAACCAUAAGUAAAGACUACAAAUGAGAUUAAGAUUCAGGUAAUUAAUAUAAUUCAGCACUUUAUUGUUGAUUCAUAAUGAAACUUAUAAUGGCAUAUUAGACCUGCAACUGUCUUAAAUAAAAUGGUUCUCAAGAAAAUAAAAUGUUCUUUUUCCUUGAGUGGAAUACAAUGUGAAUUCCUAUUUUAUAUCUAACAUGUGGUGUCUUGUGUUUUAUUAAUUUGAUAUCUGAUGAUAAUACUACUACUAAUGCCUUUUCAACUCAAAAUGCAACGCAUAAGUUACUCUAUAUUUGUAGAUGAUCCAGGAAAAAUUCAGAAUCAGUUUAAUGCAUCAACAGUGACAUAAAUCAGUUGCAAGAUUUUAAAAAAUAUAGUAGUAUUGUCUUCUCUUGAUUAUUUGAAUGUGACAUGCACAGGGUGGCUGUUCAUUUAAAUUAUCGCACAGGUCCUUUUUUCCAUGUUUAAAUUGAUAUUAGAAAAUAUAAUAUAGUAUAUGUAGCUGAGUUCAAUAGUAGCUUUAUGAAAACAAAAGAGGCAAUAUCUCAACUUGCAUUUCUUCUCUAUUUUUGUAUCCUAUGGAAAGAAGAUGAAUAUAAU